GUGCUGUUUGCAAAUAGAAGCCCGCGGCUUCGGGCUGGCGGCCAGCGUGCUGCCAGUGUCGUCGUUUGGCCCUUGCUGGAGGCUGCCCAAACGCCACGAUGAGGGCCGCAUUGUACAACGAAAGUCGCGCGCUGCGCCUCGCGAACCAGGCCGACUCGCGGCGAAGCGCGGCCUGCCUGCCGCGGGGCUGCGACUUCGGGACGGAGGACCGAGCAACCGAAAGCGGGGCGCUGCCGCGGCGCGCGGGGCGACCGCGACCGGCGGGUCGCAGCAUCGAUGCCGACGACGGCGUGCCGGCGGCGUACCUGCGGCCGGCGGGUCGGAGGGCUCCGGUCGUCGACGACGCGCGAGACGACGACAUCGUCAUUAUUGUGAGAGGCGGCCGGCGGCGCGAAGCUGCCGCUGAGCAGCGCGUAGUCUACGUCGACCAGGGUCCCUCGACGAGGUACGACGAGAGGUACGCCGACGACGAGGAUUUCGUCGACGCGCGUGAGCCGGUCCCGCCGCGACGCUGGGACCUGCCGCGCCGCGACGUGGCGCCGCCGGCGUUCUUCCCGGCGCCGAUCCGCGACGACCGCAAGGCUGUCGCGUGGGAAGUACCGACUUCCACGGAGCAGCGCGCGCGGACGGCGUUCGGCGCCGGCCGACGCCUCGCGCGAGCGCGCGGUCGGCCCGCGGAGGAACCGCUGCCUGCGCCGCCACCAAAGGCACUGCCACCAACGCCACCGACGGCACAGACGCCGCCGGAUUCGUCCAGCAGCGACGACGAGCCCGCCACCUUGAACGAAAGCGACGUCUUCGAGGCGACGGCGGGCGCGAUCCGCGAAGUUGAUGCCUUGCGCGCCGCGGCCAUCGACGGGUCUCUGACGCUGAAGAUGACGCGCGCUGCCGUCGUAGACAGACUCAAAUUGGGCGCGGGCGGCGACAGGCUCCUGAAGAGGACCUACAAGGAGUGCAUGAAGGCCGCGAUGCUCGAGGUCGCGGGAGCGUUGCAGCUGGACCAGUCCCCUGCUGUGCACGACGCGAUGUCGCAGCUGGGGGCGAUCUUGAAUGUGUCCGAGCGGCCGGCCGAGGCCGCCGCGGUGGACCUGGCGCUCUUGGACGAAAUUCGCGAAGAGCGAUCCGAGCAACCUGCCGUCACGGUGGACCUCGCCGCCGACGACGAGUCGGCGCCGUCGAGCAGCACGCCCUCCGUGACGUCGGCCUCGCCGCCAGCGUACCCUGAGGAGCCGUUCUCGCCGGCGUGGGCGGACUUGACGCUGGCGGCGCCGGCCGUUCCCGUCGGCCUGGGACCCCUCCCGCCGGACUCGGCCCUGGCGGCGCGGGCGGCGAUGCCAACGAGCUCGUCCUCGUCCUCAUCCGACGACGACAUGCCCUCGCUGUCGAGCAGCGUGGCGUCGCCAGCGCCCGCAGCUGCGUCCCCGGCCGGAGCCCCGACGUCGGACCACGCACGAUGCCGGACCACGCCCGAUCCAGCGGGGGCCCUGCAGUUCGAAGCGACGCCGACGUCAGCCGCGGCGGCGGAGCUGGAACACUCGCCGGCGUCCGUGACGACGCCAUCGUCGACGCUGUCCUUUGCCACGCCGGUCGCAGGAUCGCCGGGCCGCGGGACGCAGACGCAGCGCGCGGCCACCACGUCGCCUGUACGCGGGACGCAGACUGAAACGCCACGACACGCGGCGGCGACGUGCGGCACGCAGACGCCGCCGCCUCAGGUCUACGUCGCCUCGCCGGAGAGCGUCAUGCGGAGCGUCGCGGCGGCGUCGGCGCGGCCGCGCGCGGUCGAAUUGGAGAAGUCGAUGCGAGAAUUGGAUCUCCUUGUUGGCGAAUUGGAACGCGCCGCCACGCGGGCCUCGCCCGCGACGACGGCGUCUCCGAUUCUGUCGCCGCCCUCGGACGCGCAGAUUGAGGAGCGGCUUUCUUCCGCGCGACGGCAUCGCGCUGAAGCUGUCGCGACUAAGGAUACUGGUUUGUAA